CUUUUAACUAUAUUAAAACUAAGCAGUGAUCCACCCACCAAGGCAUCAUCCAGAGAUAAAUAGUGAUAUUUUGCGUUUGGAGCCAAACAGAUUCAUUUAACAACUCCAGCAAAAAAAAAAAAAAAAUGGAUAAGGAGCUUCCGCCGAACUUGAGAGAAGACAACUUAAGCGAAGAAACCAAGACUUUAAUCUCUUCACUUCCUUGGGAAAAAGAUCUUCUAGGGAAGCUCUACAACUACCAAGGAUGUUGGUACUACGCCAACACUCUCCAAGGAGUCCUUAAUUUCCAAAAAGGUUUCAAGCCUCAAGACACCGAUGUCAUCGUCGCUUCUCUUCCUAAAUCAGGCACGACUUGGCUCAAGGCACUCACGUUCGCGCUCCUUGAAAGAUCGAAGAACCGUUCUUCUAAUGAUCCUCAUCCUCUGCUCGCUGAUAAUCCUCAUGGAUUAGUACCGUUCUUGGAGGCCGUUCUGUUUCUUAAAAGCUCAGAACCAGACUUAACAAAACUCUCAUCAUCUCCAAGGCUGUUGUCGACUCACAUGCCCUUGCAUACACUUCAAGUACCCUUAAAGGACUCUCCUUGCAAGAUCGUGUACGUGUGCAGGAACGUAAAGGACGUGUUGGUGUCACAAUGGUAUUUCAGGUGUGCUUAUCGUCAAAAAGAAUUAGAAAAAAGCAUUCUCGAGUCUUUGUUUGAGUCGUCAUGCAGGGGAGUUGGCUUCUAUGGACCCUUUUGGGAACACGUAUUGAGCUAUUGGAGAGGCAGCUUGGAAGACUCCAAACAUGUUCUUUUCAUGAGGUACGAGGACAUGAAAGCCGAGCCAUUUGCUCAGAUUAAGAGACUUGCAGAGUUUUUGGGUUGUCCUUUCACUGAGGAAGAAGAACAUAGUGGAUCUAUACACAAAAUUUUGGAGCUUUGUUCCCUGCGUAAUCUGAGCGGUUUGGAGAUCAACAAGACAGGUAAAACAGCAAAUAAUGUGCAUUACUCUAACUUCUUUCGCAAAGGAGAGGUUGGUGACUCCAAGAAUCAUCUGACUCCGGAGAUGGAAAACAAAAUCGAUAUGAUCAUCGAGGAGAAAUAUAAAGGAUCCGGUUUGGAAUUCUGAGUGGUGUAAUAUGUGCUUUCUUUAAUGGAUUUGUAACAAUAAUUGGAGGUUUCCAAAUCAUUUUCUGUAAAAUGGUUAUGAACAUAUCGUUUUUUUUUCUUUUC